AUGUCUGACACCACUGGUAAAACCAUUACUUGUAAAGCUGCUGUUGCUUGGGAAGCCGGUAAACCAUUGUCUAUUGAAGAUAUUGAGGUUGCUCCACCAAAAGCACACGAAGUUCGUAUCAAAGUCUUACACACUGGUGUUUGUCACACUGAUGCUUAUACUUUGAGUGGAUCUGAUCCAGAAGGUGCUUUCCCAGUUGUUUUGGGUCAUGAAGGUGCUGGUAUUGUUGAAUCUGUUGGUGAAGGUGUUACUAAUGUUAAAGUUGGGGAUUCAGUUGUUGCGUUAUACACUCCUGAAUGUAAAGAAUGUAAAUUUUGUAAAUCUGGUAAAACCAAUUUAUGUCAAAAAAUUAGAGUUACUCAAGGUCAAGGGGUUUUACCAGAUGGUACUUCAAGAUUUAAAUGUAAAGGUAAGGAUUUAUUACACUUUAUGGGAUGUUCUACUUUUUCUCAAUACACUGUUGUUGCUGAUAUUUCUGUUGUUGCCGUUAAUCCAGAAGCUAAACCAGAUAGAACUUGUUUAUUAGGCUGUGGUAUUACCACUGGUUACGGUGCUGCCACCAUCACUGCCAAUGUCCAAAAAGGUGAUAACGUUGCUGUUUUCGGUGCCGGUUGUGUUGGUUUAUCGGUGGUUCAAGGUGCUUUAGAAAGAAAAGCCAAUAAGAUCAUUGUUGUUGAUAUCAAUGACAAGAAGAAGGAAUGGGCCGAAAAAUUCGGUGCUACCGAUUUUGUUAAUCCAACUAAAUUGCCUGAAGGUACUACUAUUGUUGAUAAAUUGGUUGAAAUGACCGAUGGUGGUUGUGAUUAUACUUUUGAUUGUACUGGUAAUGUUCAAGUCAUGAGAAAUGCUUUAGAAGCUUGUCAUAAAGGUUGGGGGGUUUCUAUCGUUAUUGGUGUUGCUGCCGCUGGUAAAGAAAUUUCUACCAGACCUUUCCAAUUGGUUACUGGUAGAGUUUGGAAAGGUGCUGCCUUUGGUGGGGUUAAAGGUAGAUCCCAAUUACCUGGUAUCGUUGAUGACUACAUGGAAGGUAAAUUAAAGGUUGAUGAUUUCAUCACUCAUAGACAUCCUUUAGACAAAAUCAAUACUGCUUUUGAUGAUAUGCACGCUGGUGAUUGUAUCAGAGCCGUUAUUGAACUUUGA